UGCACCCUUGCCAAUACCAACCCCAGAAGUGCUGCAGGGUGAUGGAGGGAGUGUACUCUGAGGGGCCAGCGCUGCUCCGAAGCCCCGCUAAUGUCUCUGUGUGGCCAUGCUGUAUUUUCAGCUUGUCAUCAUGGCUGGGACAGUGCUGCUUGCCUACUACUUCGAAUGCACUGACACUUUUCAGGUGCAUAUCCAAGGAUUCUUCUGUCAGGACGGAGACUUAAUGAAGCCUUACCCAGGGACGGAGGAAGAAAGUUUCAUCACCCCUCUGGUGCUCUAUUGCGUGCUGGCUGCCACUCCAACUGCUAUUAUAUUUAUUGGUGAAAUAUCCAUGUAUUUCAUAAAGUCAACAAGGGAAUCCCUGAUUGCUGAGGAGAAAACAAUCCUUACAGGGGAAUGCUGUUAUCUGAACCCCUUACUCCGAAGGAUCAUCAGAUUCAUAGGGGUGUUUGCUUUUGGACUUUUUGCUACUGACAUUUUUGUAAACGCCGGGCAAGUGGUCACUGGUCACCUCACACCCUACUUCCUGACAGUGUGCCAGCCAAACUAUACCAGUACAGACUGCCGGGCACACCAACAGUUCAUCAGCAACGGCAACAUCUGCACCGGGGACCUGGAAGUGAUUGAACAGGCGCGGAGGUCCUUCCCCUCCAAGCAUGCUGCUCUGAGCAUCUACUCCGCUUUAUAUGCCACGAUGUACAUCACAAGCACAAUCAAGACCAAGAGCAGUCGGCUGGCCAAGCCAGUGCUGUGUUUGGGGACCCUCUGUACCGCCUUCCUGACGGGCCUCAACCGGGUCUCAGAGUACCGGAACCACUGUUCCGAUGUGAUCGCCGGCUUCAUCCUGGGCACCGCAGUAGCCCUGUUCCUGGGAAUGUGUGUGGUUCAUAACUUUAAAGGAACACAAGGCUCGCCUUCCAAACCCAAGCCUGAGGAUCCCCGUGGUGUGCCCUUGAUGGCUUUCCCAAGGAUAGAGAGCCCUCUGGAAACCCUAAGUGCACAGAAUCACUCGGCCUCCAUGACCGAAGUAACCUGAGAUGAAUGAAGAGAAGCGGCUGUAUUUGGUUUCUUUCUCUUUUUUUCAACAACCUUCCAGUUCAAUACUUCAGAACACACAGUGACUCAGUCAAACUGUGAAGACAAGUAUUAUGUUUAUCUAGUUAGAGGCUAAAGUUUUGUACAUUUUUUUGUAUUAAAAAGUGAUGUAGCUUGCCCUGAUCUUUUUUUGUCAGCUUUAAUAUAUUUAUGCCAGAAUUUUAAAACCAACAAAGUUUUUCUCUCGUUCAAGUGUGCAUUGAAGGAUCACAUAUAUUCAAUGGGUGAUGUUGUUUUUGUGAUAUUUGUACACAAAUCUUUUCUCAGUUUUAUAGACAGAAAUAAAGUGAGCGACCCACUUUUAACUUUUAUCAUCACAGUUGCCGCCUCCUCGAGAACCUCUGAAUUUUAAUGAGAGUUAAACUUUUGAGUGACAGGAAGGACCAUGGUGGUUAAUUAUAAAUUUCAAAAUCAAUCAUGGGGGGGGGGGAUAUUUGGAGAGAACAGCAUGUUCUGUUCUGUUAAUAGUUAAUUGCAUUUCAAGUUAAAGUGACAGUGCUAGACUAGUGAAGAUUCCUAGUUUACUAAUGGCACAGACGCCAAUAUUGUCGAGGGUUGUUUUGGUUAUAUGACUCUUUCUUAGUUAAUGCCCUUGCCCACCGAAGGAACUCAAGGUCGGUCUGGAGUUUUGUCCUUGGGCAGGCAGGUGACCCUGUAACCUUCGAUCCAAAAGAGCAGCUAACACCAGCCUUCCCUGCCAACUCAACAGUUUUGUAUUCAUACUGUAUGGACUUUUUAUGAAAAAGAAUAUUUUACAGUUUGCACAGUAUUAUUUUACAGAAAGGAUAUCAGAGCAUCCACAGCGUAGCGCCCACAUCAACAUCUUUGCUUGGGAGAUUCUAACUGUUCCUGGGCUUUAACUGCAUCCCGUUUUCUAGCAUGGUGAUAACGUGUCGCUCCUUUGAGAAGGAGUUCCCUAUCUGUAUCUAUCAAAAUGUUUUCUUGAGACAUCCAUGUCAGCUCUUCUUAGCUUUUUUUUGUACAUAUUUUUUUUCUAAAUAGAAGAAAAAAGUUAUCAUAAAGUAUAUUCUGACUCAUGUCCUUUGUUUGACCUUUCACUCGGUGGUGUUUGAGAAACCAUGGAGUGAUCCGCAAAGGUUUGCUUUUCAUUAGGGUUCAUUUUAAUCACAGCCGAUGAAAUGAAUGAACUAGGGAGAGAGAGUGAAUGGGGAUGGGUAUGCAGUGUGUGCAUGCAUAUGUGUUUAGAUAAAAUGAAAGAAGUCUUUAAUUUAUUAAUAUAUU